AUGUCUCCUGCCGCUACAGAAUCCUGGGAAUCCUGGGAAUCCUGGGAGAUCGACCGUUGGUUGCAUGCCCUUCGCCCCACUCAUUUUCACCCAGUGCUGAGUCUGGCAAUCACCAAUCUCGACGGGGUGCAGCGUGCAACGCCAAUCGACCCAUACGGCAUCAGCCUUGCGGGCCAGAGCGAGCUCUGA